AUGAAAGAGCACGUCCAUGAGACUACUGGACAAAUAGGUUGGUCUACUACGAUUGAUUAUAGUCGCAUACCAAAAGUAUUUCAUAAACGGUACUGGAGUACGACCAUGCACAAUGCCCGCGCUGGUGUCCGAAACAGAAUUGAGAAGAACACACCAAAAAUAGACAAUGCGAAAAAAAAUGUACGAAAGUCUUUCAGGAUCAUCUGUAAACCAGGGAGGAAAUGCGUCAUAAAUGCUCGCAGAAGCUCCAGGUGGGCAGCUCAAUAUGCUGGAAAUUCAUGCAGAUACGUAGGAAAAACAUGGAUGAACACCGGCAGAUAUUUGAGCAGAACUUCCUCAGAUGCAGGCAGGUAUGUGGGCAAUACAACAUACGGUGCAGGCAGAUAUAUGGGUAGAUCUUCGAUGAGAGCUGGAAGAUAUUUAGGAAGAGCAUCCAGGGCCACUGGAAGAUUUUUGAGAAAGAGUUCUUGUACUGCAGGUUCUUACUUAAGUAGAGGAUCUAGGAGUUUAUACCAAACAUUAAGGAGUUUCUCCAUUCGCUCAGGAAGAUAUGUGAGUAAUAAAGUCUCAAGUGCGUCUUUUAUUGCCAUGGCUCGCGCAAGAGAAGCCUCGUAUGUUUCGGGCCCUUACUACGCCAGAAAGUUUAAGAGUGAUUGUAGGACAAAGAUAAACAAUUCAAGGGUAGCCAGAACCCUGAAUGAUAUGAUAGAAAAUUCCAGAAUACCCAAAGCGUGUCAUGAUCGUAAUUGCGACUGCGAUGUGUGUCCUACACACGAAUUAUAA